AUGGCUACAGGGUUCAUAUCGGCACUAGUAGCCAUACCCCUGCUUCUUCUGCCCUUACCACUGGCUGUCAGUGCUGAUCCAGUCAUCAUAGCUAUAAGGCUGGAACACAGCACCAAGCCAGAUGUCAGAAUCUCACAAAAGGGCACCACUGAAGUGGUGGAAGGAAGCACAAUUCACCUGCGGGUCUAUGGCCAGGGCAUUGACUCAAAUAUUGGGAAGAUGAUGAACUUUGUGGAGGUUCCUGACAGCGCCAGCAGCCUUAACACCAGCUGCUCUAAAGACAAUCAAGACCUGCGUGUGCUACCCUCCAUCGCUGAUGUACAAAAAACUUCUGUCGUGCUACUCGUAGAAGUCCAGACCUUGCGGAAGGGCAGCAAGUCCAAGAUAUAUAUGAUGUGUAUAAAGGAUGGAGCUGGGCAGCUGCGACAACAGCUCCUGUCCGAAGAUAUGUUAAUUAAAGUCGUGGAGGAGGAGACAGUUGUCCUGCCUCUGUGGCUCCACAUCUCCUUCAUUGCCAUCCUUGUGGGACUUUCGGGGGUGUUCAGCGGUCUUAAUCUGGGCUUGAUGGCACUCAAUCCCAUGGAGCUGCGUAUUGUGCAGAACUGUGGCACAGCAAAAGAGAGGAUUUAUGCCACCCAGAUCGAGCCUGUCCGCCGGAAGGGCAAUUAUUUGUUGUGCUCUUUGCUGCUGGGCAACGUUUUAGUGAACACCACGCUCACCAUCCUGUUUGAUUCUCUGGUGAAUACCAAUUCUAUCUCAAUUGUGGUCUCCACCCUGGGCAUUGUCCUCUUUGGGGAGAUAAUCCCCCAGGCUGUCUGCUCCCGUCAUGGUUUGGCUGUUGGUGCUAACACCAUCUUUAUCACCAGGUUUGUCAUGCUGUUGACAUUCCCGCUGUCUUAUCCCAUCAGCAAAAUCCUAGAUGGUGUGCUUGGUAAAGAAAUCGGCACCGUUUACAAUCGAGAGAAGCUGAUGGAGAUGUUGAAGCUGACCGAGCCCUACAGUGAUUUACUGAAGGAGGAGCUGAAUAUCAUCCAGGGUGCCCUGGAGCUGAGGUCAAAGAUGGUGGAGCACAUCAUGACCCCCUUAUGCGACUGCUUCUUGUUAAGCAUUGAUGAAAUACUGGACUUCAAUACAAUGAGCAACAUCGUGGAGAACGGCUACACUCGCAUCCCCGUCUAUAAUAAGGAGAGGUCUAAUAUUGUCGAUAUAUUGUAUAUCAAGGACCUUAUCUUUGUGAAUCCAGACAACCGCACCCCACUCAAGACCAUUACACAGUCUUACAACCACCCAGUCCAGUUUGUCUUGCCGGAUACCAAACUGAAUGCUGUUCUUGAAGAAUUCAAAACAGGCAGAUCACACCUGGCUGUUGUCCGAAAGACGAGUAUCGAGAGUGGGGGUGACCCCGUUUCUGAGGUGGUGGGUGUGGUGACCUUGGAGGACGUGAUUGAAGAGAUAAUCAACUCAGAGAUCCUGGAUGAAACAGAUAUCUACACCGAUAACCGCUCAAAGAGACGAGUCAGCAGCCAGAGGAGGAAGGACUUCUCUGCUUUCAAGGGGAGCAGCAUUGAAACCAAAAUCAGGAUCUCUCCUCAGCUACUCUUAGCUGCAAACCGCUUUCUUUCCACAGAGUUGCCUCAAUUCUCUCCUUCCAUCAUCCCGGAGAAGUUCCUGCAGCGUCUCCUGAAAUAUCGGGAUGUCGUCUGUGAACUGCAGUUUGAUGAGGAGAACAAGAAGGCCCCUCAACACUAUUUGUACCAGCGGAACACAGCGGCCGAUUACUUCAUCCUCAUCUUGCAGGGGAAAGUGGAGGUUGAAGUUGGUCAGGAAAACAUGGCAUUUGAGAAUGGACCCUUUUCCUACUUUGGAGUAAUGGCCCUGGGUCAAGCUUCCCCAGAUAUUCACAACAUGUCUGGCCUGGGCAAUCUUAACCGCUUGACUUCGUCGAGUUACCACGAAGUCUACGCUGGCUCCAGCAGCACUGUCCAGAUCAUGCCCACCUCCAAUCUCUACUAUGUGGCAGACUUCACACUCCGUGCCCUCUCGGAUCUUACAUAUAUCAAGAUCACGCGGAAUCAGUAUCAGCACUGCCUGUUGGCCUCGUAUAUGGAGAGCAGCCGCAACCUUUUUCCUGCAGAAAAUGUGCAGCCUAAACUCAGCAGGAGCUAA